GGGUUUUCAAUAAUUGUUAAGUUGCACCACUGACUGUUGCGAGGUUGCUCUUGAGAGGACAGUCGCCGGUGCACUCGAACAUGUCAAAACACUACAUAUUCAAUCUAGAAGGCAUAAUUACAUAAUGAGACAAAAAACCUUGGCGAGGUCGCAUCGGGUGUCAAAGAGAUCAGAGUUUGACAUGGUCGCAGUCAACACUGGCAUCAUCUCGGAUGCCAUAGCACCAUUCGGAGAUGUCUUUCUAAACUCGUAUGUGAGAGAUUUAGGCAAAGGGAGUAUUAGAGAACAACCACGAAUGAACGGAUGCGGCAUUGAUAUAAAGCAAUAGAUUAUCAUUAUCGCGUAAUUCGUACAUUAUUUAACCUCGUGAACCAGAAGCUCUUCA